AGCUUUUCCUCACUCUCUUGCUCUGUCCACCUGUCUUCCCACGCUCGCUUUCUUCCUCCACCCCUCCAAUCUUCCCUUAUUCACCCCUCUCUCUCAUCCGUCUUACCCAACUCUAGUCAUUGCUCUGACACUCACUCUCGGUAUCUAUUGCACCCUCUCUCGCUUCGCACCGCACCGCACCGCACACCACACAACCCACCCCACUACCUGUCAUUCCCCAGUGGCCCUUGGCUGGAGUGCGAGGGCGGGUUCUUGCGGAGAGGGAACAGGGCUCAACGAAACCCUCAUCCCUCUCACUGCUUACUUUCCCGGCUUCGUUGGCUCGUAGAAAGGCCUGCCAGAUCGACUACCGUUUACUUUUCGGGAUAAAAAAAAAAAAAAGUCAUGCCUGGAUUCACAAUCUCUGACGGCGGUGUCACGCUGGGUACUGCUCCCCCAACUGUAGGCAACGGGAAGGGUGCAACUGUGGUGCAUGGGCAACAGGUCAUGAGGAUCGCUUUUGGCGGGAGCAAUGUCCUGGAGGAAGUGCUCAAGCAUGAGGCCGACCUGAAGAUAACCUUCGGGAAGUCCAUGAGGCUAUCCUAUGGUGACCAAAUAAUGGAGAUCCUAUCUACCAUUGAGUCCAGCCGGCAUGAAUUGUAUCGGGCCGAACAGGCUUCUUUGGGGGGUGAGUUGGACUUUGCCGGAACCUUCACACAUCAACUUGAGGUCCGAGAACUAUACGCGGAUACCCCCGAUGAGAGCCUUCGCGCUCUGGAGGAGUCGUAUCGCCGGAUUAACCAGGAGAAGGAGGCUUCUACAACUGUGGUUGUAGAUAGUGCUUCGAUGCCACCUGCGGUGUCCGGAAGGCGUGCCGCUUACAUGAAAAAGCCAGCGGCCACGGGGAGAGGAAAGAAUGCACGGAAACCUGUGACGCAGCCGAGGUCUCAUCCAAGCACGCCACACACGAGAGCUGGAAAAUCACCAGCCCUCAGUGAGGCUGAUGCGGCUGCUCAUUCCGCCAUGAUCAAUGCGAAAUUGGAGGCAUUGAGGGUUCCUUUAAUACAUUUGCUCGCCAUGGGCCCCGAUUCGGAGCAGAAUCUUGCGUCCAGGACAAGGGUCUCUGAGGAUGUAUGUCUGCGAAUACUACAGAAGGUUGGAUAUAGGAAUUCGAAGCUGUGGGAGCUGGUGGAUGAUGUCUACAAGGAUCUCGAUAUCUGGGAAUUUCCAUACCCGUCACAAGCGAAUCGAGAGGUAGCUAUAUCGAAUUGUAGAGCGGCUUUUAACAGGCUGCUGUUACCGCGGGAAGCGCCCGAGUGGCAGAAGACAUUAGCACCUGAAGAUAGAGGGAAGGUCGAUCCAUGUCCGCCGGCCCCGCAGUCAACCAGGCCAGCGAAGCCUGUGCCCCCGCCAAGCAUAAAAGUUACUGGAGACGCCGCAGAGCCGUCGCAAGUCUCACCAACCGGGAAGAAGCCGAGCGGUGGUGAGCCGAUGAGUAGAUCUAAUUCACAGACUGCUCCGGCGACAAAACCGGCUACGAAGGCAGGGCAAAAGGAUGCCAUUUCCCGGAUAAUAGGCAAGAAGGGCACGAAAAAGGCUGCGGCACCCAAGGCUAAAGCAGCCACUGUGAAAGCUCCAAAGUCGGCCAACACCAAGGCUACCAAGGCUGCAGCUGCAAAAGAAGCUUGCGCCACAGGUGCGAAUUCGAAAAUUAAGUCUGCAGAGAGGGUGGAAGAUUCCGACGAGGAUAUUGAGAUGGUGGAUGUGAAGCUAUCACCCGCUAAGCCGGUUGAGAAAAAGACUACUCUGGCAACAAGGCCAGCUCCCAGCCCAAUGUCUAAGGCUCCGUCAAUAGCAUCCGCUCCAGCCUCGGAUUUGGAGGCGGAGGAAGCAAGGCUGAAGCCCAAAAAAGCCUUGUCUAACAAAGUGCAGAAAUCCCCUGUCAAGAGAGCCAGGAAAAUCGUACCUCCGAAGUCGUCCAACACCGCCACGAAGGCAAAUGGGUACAAAGUUGCACCUACAUCGAAUGCGAGUGCCAAUUCACUUUCGUCGAAGGAGCAGAUCGUCCGACGUAGCUCGAGCUAUUCUCCGCCCAAACCCUCGCCUCUGGGGUCAUCGCCGCCGGUCAAUGCAUCGGACAUGGGUGGUACAACGGCCGCUUCCUCACCUUCUCUCUUAACGCCGAGCAUGAGAACGGCAACACCUGGUCGGUCACCGCUGGGUUCGGUCGCGCACCCUGCGAAGGCAAAACCGCGCUACAUCCCGAAUAGCUCUCCGCCAUUAAAGAGAAAGGCCACUUUGGCGGCAGACCGUGACCGUGAGGAUGGUUACUCACGACCGAAUGGAAGAUCGAUCGACCGGGAAAGAGAGAGGGAGCGGGACCGAGACCAGGACCGCGAACGUGAGCAUGAGAGGCCAAGCACUAGCACAUCCACCUCCUCGAGUACCAGCAGCAACAAACGCCGGAACAUCGCCCCGGACAUCCCGACAAUUCAACUAGCCCGCAAGUUCAAAGAGGACUACGCCCGAUAUGAGAGGUUACACAGAGAAGUCCAAGCUAUCACGGACUCCUUCAAGAAGAAGGAAAAGCUAGACGCUGUGCUGAAAAUGCACAGCGAUCUGAAAAAGAUGAAGGCGACCAUUACGCAUGCUGCAUCCGUCGUACACUGAACAAAGUAUAAGCCUAAUCAUGGCCGUUGUUCCGAGUUUCAUUCCCCCCGCCGCCGCUAUCUAUCUUCACUUUACGAAUUCUGGGUGCCCUGCGCUUUUUGCCCACCGGGGUAUGCUCUCCUCGACAACAAUCUAAUAUAAAUCACCCACCCUUACCACCCAUAAAACGAAACCUCCAGUUUCUUGUCGCUAUUGAGUUACGAUAACGUCAUCUUAUCCAUCCCUUUAUUUAUUCCUCCUUCCUUCUUCCUUCUUCACAUAUUACCAUUCAUCGUCAUCAUUGUCAUGGCCAACACGGAGUUAUCGUUUGUUCAAUUCAAUACAAUUAUCAUUAGCACUCUACUUUUCUAUCUAUAUAUGUUCCUCUUGUUGACCUUUUUUACACCGAUCAUACAAGUAUGGCUAUUCACUGUUUUUUUUUUCUUUGUCAAAUUUCUUCAAUUUGUGCAUGGGGUGUCUUGCCUUGCCUUUUUCUCUUUUUCUACUCGACCGUUCAUUAUUUGUUCACUUGACUAACCUCUUUCGAUGUCUGUGUGUGUUUUACUUUCUGCGUCUAUCUCGUACGUCUGAGUCUGAACAACAAAAAAAAAAGGAGUUUAGUGUCUGUCUUGGCUAGUUUAUUUUUUAUAUUUUUUUAUAUUUGUUGUUCUUGGAAGCUCACUUAUUCUGGUUUGCUUACUACAUGACGUGUUUGGCGGGGAAAAACUGUGGUGGGGGUGGAGGGCGUAAUGAAUGAAUGAAUGAGAAUGAAUUGGGUUUGGAUUGAAAGGAUGGAAUGGGGUGUGGAGAGUAAGGUACCGGUAGAUGAACCAGCACGAUCGGUAUAAUUGGAGCACGGAAUUGAGGGAUUUUGUGUGCA